AUGGUCACGUGCAUUUAUUCCAUCAUAACCUCUACUUCUACGCACAAAACCGAGCUCAAGCUUCUCAACUCCCCUCUCUCCCCUCUUCACAUCACCUCAAACCUCAUCUCCGAACAAAGCAAUAUGUCGGAUAAAAAGCGGAAACGCGCCGAAGACGGCACAUCUCAAAAGAAAUCCAAGAAGGCUGCCGUCGAUCAUGCGGCUUCGUCCUCCGCACUGCCGCAAAACAUCAGAGUCUCCUCGCUCAUCAGGCCAAAGCUAUCCCCGCCCGUAAUAGCCACCGCGCCCGGCCUAUCUGUCUCCCCAUCCGUUCAGUUCAACCCAUACACCAAACUGCGUAAGGCUUCAAGUAAAAGCCGAAAUGCUCCUGUCCUUGGCGAUAUCCUCUUGCACUCGUCUAGCCACAGGUCACUAGACUACACUGCCCGCGAGGAGCAGUCACAAAAUGGAGAGGGCUUCUUGCGACACUACAUUGGCGUGUUUGACCCGAAAACGGGCGAGCUGGAAGUGGUCGAGGCUCGAAAGGUGACGGUUAGGGGCUCGGUGCGUUCUCAACAGGCACCUGCCGAGGCUAUGUCUGCAAUCGAAGAAAAGACCAACAUGGACAUGAGGACAGACUUGGGCCAGGCCUUUGGAACCAAGAAGGCCAAGAAAGCCCUCGUCUCCAGGGUGGAGAAUGCCAUCACUGCUGCCAACAAUGCCUCAAGUCGAGAUUCUGGUGCUGGUGAAGCCGCGUUGAUGGCAUCCAUAAAAUCGGCAGCGGCAAAUAUGCCGACAAGAGACGAACUUCAGGCUGCGGUCAACGGUGCCAAACCGGUGCCCAAGGGCAACUACGAUGCCACUGAGAUCCAGGAUGUCUACGAUCCGGACCAGAUUAUCGGCUCCGAUGUGCUCAACGCCAUCCCUGUUAGAGAUUGGCAAACAGCCAACAAAAACGAUGAAAAUGUGCAACUCAGCUCUCGCUAUGUGGCUAACCGCCUGCGUCGGGUAGGAGAGCAUACCGAGUCGCUGAAGAGAUUGAGAAUUCUGCGGUAUCUUUACUUUCUCAUGACUUUUAUCAAGAUAGCAAAGCCUGGAAAGAAUGGCGUGCGGAAGCUUCCACCACGCGAUAAGCUUAGGGAGGCAUUAAGUCCAGCUCCAGAUGUAGUGCUGGAUAGCCUCCGACACAAGUUUGCAGAUGGAACCCAGAUGCGCAAGAUCCAUGCAGACUUGAUCAUGACGACAUGUUGCGUGCUUGCAAGCAUCAUUGACAGCUUUGAGGUGGACACAUUUGAUCUAAGGGAGGACCUCCAGUUGGAACAGAAGCAACUGAACUCGUACUUUGCCGAGAUUGGAGCUCGGAUGAAGCAAGUGGUUAACGGCGACAAGAAGGCGACAAUUGCUAAGCUGGCACUGCCUCUCCAAUUUCCAAAGGUCAGCAUGGGCCGAAGGAAGUAG